CAGGCACCGGUACCUUCGGCAGAGCUCUUCGCAGAGUCCGAGCAGCUCCAUGAGCGUGCGGUGGAAAACCUCACAGCUGCUCUGCAACAGGGACACCCGCUGACGCUGGCAUCUCUUCACAACCAAGCCUGUUCUUGGAUUGACCGAUGCUUCCACGAGGAGGGCAGCCUCACAGGAAAGCGUGUCGACACAGCUGUGGAACAGCUUCGCCUGGUGCACAAGCUGCGGAUUGAAAAGCUUGGCAAGGAGCAUCCGGACACGCAGCAGACAGAAAAGAAAAUAUCAGAGAUCAGCAACCUCCAGAAACAGAUGGAGAAAGAUGGCGCCAACCAUGGAGCCAUGGAGGCUUUUGGCACAUGGCAGGAGCUUCUGCAGUCAGUUGGAACUCGUUACAUGAGAGUUGUUGUGCACAUGGCUUCGGGCAGAAAGAAAUGGCUUGAAGAGCGUCACGGGGAGGGUGUUACCCUCCCGAGCAGGGCUAGAUGA